AUGAACAUUCACCGCCUGGUAAACGCGGAACAUCCGUCGAAGCCUAAUGAAUGCCUCUCUACGUCAGUAUCACAAUCACGCCUUCAUUCGACAGUCAAAGCUGCCGUGGCCUGCUCGACGUGGAAGGUAAAUAAGAGUUGGGCAUCAUUAUUCUUUAUCGCCUCAAUGUUGUGGUGGAGCGCGGUGUAUGCUCACCUUGCUCCAAACUUUUAUGACGAGGCGUGUCCGCAGGCAUUGCCUAUAGUCAAAGCCGCAAUAAAGGAAACGCUGGAUCAAGAACCCAGAAUGGGAGCUUCUCUUCUACGCCUUCAAUUUCACGACUGUUUUGUUAACGGUUGCGAUGGAUCUGUUCUCCUGGACGACACCCCGACUUUCACAGGAGAGAAAAGUGCUGGAGCCAAUGCCAAUUCACUAAAGGGAUUCGAGGUGAUAGAUAAUAUAAAGACCCAAGUUGAGAAUGUUUGCAGUGGAGUUGUAUCCUGUGCUGAUAUUCUGGCAGUAGCCACUCGCGACUCGGUUGUCCAAUUGGGAGGUCCAAGCUGGACUGUAAUGCUUGGAAGGCGAGAUUCGAGGACUGCUAGUCUGAAUGAUGCAAACAACAACCUUCCAGGGCCCUUUUCGAGCCUUACUUCUCUCAUCUCAGCAUUCCAAGCCCAAGGACUUUCUGCGGAGGAUAUGGUUGCUCUUUCAGGUGCUCAUACAAUCGGUCAAGCACAAUGCUUCACAUUUAGAAAUCGCAUCUACCAGGAAUCGAACAUCGACCCUGUUUUUGCCCAAUCUCUUCAGGCAACGUGCCCUCGAGACGAUGGCGUUGGCAGUAGCAACCUUUCUCCUUUCGACAUUGUUAACCCAAAUGUAUUUGACAAUAACUACUUCAAAGAUCUAGUGGCAUCGAAGGGCCUUCUACACUCAGAUCAGGCACUACUUAACGGUAGGGAUGCUACGUUUACUCAAGAUCAGGUUGCUCUCUACAGCAAUGAUCAAACUGCCUUUUUUACUGAUUUUCAAGUUUCUAUGGUGAACAUGGGAAACAUAAAGCCUCUUACUGGGACGGACGGAGAGAUUCGGAAAGAUUGCAGGAAACCAAACUAA